GGGGUUGGGCUGAUGAGAGAGCGGGAGGGAGAGAGAGCGGGAGGGAGAGAGAGCGGGAGGCAGAGCGAGUGAGAGGAAGGUAGAGAGAGCGCGAGAAGGCAGAGGACAGCUGCCAGCAUUUCUCCGACAGCCGGAGAAAGAGCGAGAGGCUGAACAGGAGCAGGAAUUCUCCCUAUUCCCCCCCCCACACCACUACCGCCCCCCGAAACCCAACCGUCCGGCCAGCACCGCUGCCCCCGUUUCCCGGCCGACAGCCCGCAGCGUGCGACCCGCAGGAGGACCGGCGGCCGCUUGGGCACGCAGGCAGCAGAGCUCACAAUGGACUAACGGAGCGAACCGGCAGGGAGAGAACAGCCAGGCUACCCCCAGGCGGGCUGCAGCAGCGCUGGAGAGAGUGGACCGGGGGAGCAGUGUGUGUCUGAACAGCAGCCGGAGAGGCUCUCGGCGCUGCAGGCGGGAGGGAGGGGGGGGGGUGUUUCUUGCCUGAACUGAGACUGAACUUUUGCACGGCGGAGCGCGCGCCGCACUGGAAUAUUAUGAACAGAGGAGGAGCGGCUUCUGAACCAAGCCUCAACUUCUCCUUCUUCUUCCUCCUCCUUUUAUCCGGACUAACGGGAACCCCUCCCUGCUGCAUUCAGUCCACCUCUUCCUCCUCCUCCCCCCCCCCCCCCCCCCAAACGCAGACCACUGCUCCUCCAAGGUAGCACCUCAUCCCCCCGCUCCAUCCCACCUGCCGCUUCUCUGGUUACUAUGACGCCCGGCUCCCCCUCCCCCUCCUCCUCCUCCUCCUCCACCUUCACCUCCUCCUCGUGCGCCCUGGACACCUCCUCCUCCACCUGCUCCUCGUCCUUCUCCCUCCCACCCUUUGACUUCUUACCAACCGCUGUGAAAUCAAGUGGAACCCCUCGAUGAUUAGGAUCCGCGCUGUGAAGAAGAGAAGCUCCCCCCCAGAGCCCCGCAGCUUGUGAACCACUGCCGCCACACCCCCGCCCCAACUCCUCCUCCUCCUCCUUCUCCUCCUCCUCGCGCCUCCCCCACCACCCCCUCCACCCGCUCCACCCCAACAACCGUGCUUUGGGACGGCCACUUUUAAACGGGAAGUCAUGGAGAAGCCGGCCGUGACCGGUGGCGUGGACGCCGGGGUAGAUCUCGCUCAGUUGCAGGCUUUCUGGCUAUGAUCAUUCACUAGAUAAUGGAUUGGAAAGAGCUGGCAGCACAGAAGCUGAACUUGUCCGCCAAGCGGAAGAAGCACCAGCCCCCCCUGCUCCACCCCCAGGAGCCCUCCGUCUACUCCACCAACUUCAGCGGCAUCCUGCAGGUGUCCCCGCCCCCCGCGCCCCCAUGCCUGCUCCGCGCCGUCUCCAAGGUCAAAGAGAACCCCGGGAUGGGCAAGGUGAAGGUGAUGAUGCGGAUCUGCCCGUCCCUGGAGGCAGGCGACUCCGGUUCCGAGUCCGGGUCCUUCCUGAAGGUGGACAGCAGGAAGAAGCAGCUGACCCUCUACGACCCCGCCUCCAGCCCCCACUCCCUCUCCAGCCACCGCCGCGCCGCCACCGUGGCCGUGCCCAAGAUAUUCGCCUUUGACGCGGUGUUUACCCAGGAUGCAUCUCAAGUGGAGGUUUGCUCGGGGACCGUGGCGGAGGUGCUCCAGUCGGUGGUGAACGGUGCGGACGGCUGCAUCUUCUGCUUCGGCCACGUCAAGCUGGGCAAGACGUACACCAUGCUGGGCAAGGACGGCUCGGCGCAGAGCCUGGGGGUGGUGCCCUGCGCCAUCUCCUGGCUCUUCAAGCUGAUCACCGAGCGCAAGGAGAAGGCGGCCACGCGCUUCUCGGUGCGCGUCUCCGCCGUGGAGAUCUUUGGGAAGGACGAGGAGCUGAAGGACCUGCUGUCCGAGGUGUCCACCGCGGGCAGCGCGCAGGACGGCCAGACCCCCGGGAUCAACCUCAGCGAGGACCCCAUCUGUGGCACUCAGCUCCAGAACCAGAGCGAGCUCCGUGCCCCCACGGCCGAGAGGGCAGCCUUCCUCCUGGACGCCGCCAUGGAGGCCCGCAGCACCAACCGGGCGGACGCCGGCGAGGAGGAGCGCCGUAACUCCCACAUGCUGUUCACGCUGCACGUGUACCAGUACCGCAUGGAGAAGAGCGGCAAGGGAGGCAUGUCCGGUGGGCGGAGCCGGCUGCACCUCAUAGACCUGGGGAGCUGCGAGAAGGACCUGAGCAAGAGCCGGGACGGCGGGGGAGGCCUGUGUCUGUCUCUCAACGCGCUGGGAAACGUCAUCAUGGCUCUAGCCAACGGAGCCAAGCAUGUACCUUAUAGGGACAGCAAGCUGACCAUGCUGCUCAGGGAGUCCCUGGGGAACAUCAACUGCAGGACCACCAUGAUCGCUCAUAUCUCGGACUCCCCGGCCCACUACGCCGACUCCCUCAACACCAUCCAGCUGGCCUCCCGCAUCCACCGCAUGAGGAAGAAGAAGACGAAGUAUGCAUCCAGUUCCUCCGGCGGGGAGAGUUCCUGUGAGGAGGGCAGGAUCCGCCGGCCGCCCCACCUCAGGCCCUUCCACCCCCGGACCGUGGCACUGGACCCAGACCUGCCCUCCUUUCUCAGUGACCAGGAAUACUCCUCCAGCAGCGAGCAGUCCUGUGAUACAGUGAUUUACGUGGGGCCCGGAGGUGCUGCUAUCUCAGACCGGGAGCUGAGCGACAAUGAAGGUCCCCCUGCCUUCGUUCCAAUCAUUCCCUCUCUGAACAGAAGGAGGUCUACGAGAGACGGCCCUUUCGACAGAGACCACUUUUUCAAAUGCAACACAUUUGCCGAACUGCAGGAGAGGCUGGAGUGCAUCGACGGCAGUGAGGAGCCCACUGCUUUUGUUGGGGAAGGCAAGGGGAACCAGGGCAGCCCCAAGAUGGACAAGCCUAAGGAGGGUUCAGGGAAUAGUCCCUUGAAGAUCAUUGCUAAUGAUUCCUCUCAAGAGAGCGUCUCAGCCAGACCGUCUCCUAAGGCUGUGGCCACUCCGUUAGUCAGCAACCCUGAGUCUAAAUCUAAACCAGACAAUGCCCAAAGGCCAUGCAUCCCCGUGGAAGGUGCUCAGAGUAUGUGUAGGACCAGUGCUGAUGGCGAGAAGAUCUUGUUGACUGGAAAUCCAACUAGCCCGAGCAAUCAGGGUGGAGCUGCAGCAGCGGUGUCAGAGCCUGUAGUGAGGGAGAAGGUAUACUUCAACAAGAAGCCCCUGCCAAAGCCAGCUCCACCUCCUCCCCAGCUAAAUGACCACAGAGACAAUGAGGAACGCUGCAGCACCAGAAUGCCUCCAGUCGGAAUGAGCUACCAAGCUGGGAAAAAGGGGGAUUCGUUCACCUCCCACAUGGGCAGGACACCAUUGGAGCUUUGCCAGAUGCGACCCACCCUGAGAGAGAGAUGCUUGGAUCGAGACAUCCUUAGAGCCACAGUCACCCUCCAGCAGCCGGUGGAGCUGAACGGAGAGGACGAGCUGGUGUUCACUGUGGUGGAGGAGCUGGCCAUCGGCAGUAUUGUAGACAGGGGCCGGCCCUCGAGUAUCAUCAGCUUCAACAGUGAUUGUUCCCUGCAGGCCCUGGCCUCUGGCUCCCGGCCUGUCAGCAUUAUCAGCAGCAUCAACGAUGAGUUUGAUGCGUACACGUUAGCCGCCGGAGGGUCAGAGGUUAACACGGAUUCGGGUUCACCGUACCAGGAGGAGACAAUGGUUUGCAUGGCUAGCAGGGGCUCGUCCAUCAGCUCCUGGCUGAGUGAGGUUAGCGUGUGCACAGUGGAGAGCGAAGGUGCUCACUCCACAGAUGUCUUUCUACCACAGGCCAAGCAUGUGGGACCUGAGGGAACCUUUUACCUGGACUCUCUUGGUAUGUUCCAUUGUGAGCCAUCCCCCAGAGAGGCCAAGGGCUCCUUCAAUGACAGUGGCUUCAGUUUCUCCGACGUUGACAGUGACAGCGCGGCGUCAGGUAAGUUAUCCCUGACAAAGUGUCCUCCAACUCCUCAGUCUGCUAAAGGGUCACCGAAGUACACGUCUAAAAUCACUAAAGCUCAAUCUCUUAGUUCCUCUGAACCCUCACAAGGUCCCUCCACAGUCCACUCCAGUCUUCCCAGGAAAAUUAAACCUACCUCAUCCAUUUCCCAUAAUAGCAGUAGCCACAGUAGUAGUAGGGAGGCUCUGGGUAAGGACUCCAGGCAAGAGAACCCUUGGCAUCGCAUAGACAACCACUCAGAACCCCAAUUACCUGAGCCCACUAUCACAGGCAGGUUUAUCAAAAACCCAGCGAGUGGCAUCCCAUCCCGCAAAACACCUAUCAGCAGCAACAGCGUACCUCGUCCACCCAAGGUCCAGGGUUCAACCUCAUCCCAAAGGGUGGUCGAUGGCUGUGAGAAGUCGGCCAGUAGGAAAACCGAACCCCCAAGCAAAAUGCCUCUGCUCAGACGAGGUGCCACCACCUUGGGGACUGUGCCUGUCAUCCAUGCUGCAACAGAGUCCAAGGGGAGACAGGAUAUCACUGGAUCUACCAGUAGCCUAAAGUAUUCCUCUCUCGGGAAACACAGCAAGGCAAACACACAGAAAGCCAGUGCUCUCCCGAGGCCUGGUGGCAUUUCCCCUCCUCCCCCUCCGGUGCGAAAGUCCAGUCUUGACCAGAAGAACAAGACUCUGUUACCCCAAAGUGCCUUAAGGUUAGCCUAUGGGGAGGCAGGGAUGGGAUCGUCAUUGCGGUCAUUGGUCUCAGAGGAUGAGCUGGAGGUCCGCUGCAGGGGAGACUUCAACAGCUUCAAAACCUCCAGUCUGAAGUCUGACCCCAAAAUUACCUCAAGCCUGAAGGCCAAAGGCCCCAGAGGAGACGGUGGGCUACAUUACGGCAGUCACAUGUCUCUGGAGAGGUGUGACAACCUGUCCCUAUCAGGUUCAAGACCAGCUCUCAGUAGGGAAAACAGUGGGGCCAGUUUGGGGAGCAACAGCAGUAAAUCCAGCAGGUCUAUUCCACGCUUUGGGAUUUCUAGCUCAUCAAGCACUCCCAUCGCUACCUCCCCACCAUCUCCAUGCGGGAGCCCCGGAGGAAUCGGUAAACCUGGGCAGGCGAAAGCCAGCGUUAACCCCAGGACGUUAGGAGUGACGAAUGUAAACAAGGCCCGCUCACUGUCUGCCAGCAAUUCUAAAGGUCUGAGCUCCUCGACCAAGUCAUUAGCACAACCAGUGACCAAAGGUGCCAACGCUAACCUUCCUCCAUCCGGGAGGACAUCGGCCACCAGGACCACCACUACCGCAGUCAGCAGCAAGCCCGGAAGGGGCACCAUUAUGGGCACCAAGCAGGCCAUCAGGGCCGCCAACAGCCGGGUGAGCGAGCUGGCGUCGAGCACCACGUCGGGCAAGCAUGUCCGAGCGUCGGGAGACUCGGACAGCGGAAACGACAGCGGGGCCAACGUCGGGGACGACAAGUCCCCCAACGCCGCCCUGCCCUCCCCCUACAGUAAGAUCACGGCUCCCAGGCGGCCGCAGCGCUACAGCAGCGGCCACGGCAGCGACAACAGCAGCGUGCUGAGCGGGGAGCUCCCUCCGGCCAUGGGCCGCACCGCCCUCUUCUACCACAGCGGCGGCAGCAGCGGCUACGAGAGCAUGAUCCGCGACAGCGAGGCCACGGGCAGCGCCUCCUCGGCCCUGGACUCGAUGAGCGAGAGCGGGAUGUCGUCGGGCCGAAUGAGGAGCUCCAAGCCCCCCAAGAAGAGGUCUAACGGCUUCCAAAGGAGACGGCUUAUCCCCGCGCCCAUGCCAGACGCAUCUUCCCUUGGGAAGAAGGCUGGCACGGCGGGCCAGUGGGUGGAUCUGCCCCCUAUGUCCGGGCCGUUGAAGGAACCCUUUGAGAUUAAGGUGUAUGAGAUCGAUGACGUGGAAAGACUCCAAAGACGGAGACAGGAGGAAAUAGCAGAGCAACCAUUUCAGGAUGUUGAAAAGGGCCUGCAGUACUUCAACAGUAAGCUGAAGGUUCUGGAGAGAAGGCAACAGCAGGUGAAGGAGCUUCGGGUAAAACAUGAGGCAUUGUGGGAGGAGCUGGAGGACACCAAAGCCCGGCUAAUGAUGGACCCCAGGAAGUGGAUCGGAGAGUUCGAGGUGGACCAGGAUCUGGACAAAGAAUCUGCAGACUACCUGGAGGCCUUGGUGGAGGCGACAGAAGAGCUGGAAUUCUGCGUCAACCUAUGCAAGGCCCGCGUGAUGAUGGUGACAUGCUUCGACAUCAGCACGCCGGUGGCGGCGGCGGUCGUACGAGAAGGUCCCUGUGAAGUAGGAGUCUGAGGAGAGGAGAGGAUGAAGCAGGAGAAGGAGGAGGUAUGGAGGAGCCAGGAAGAGAAAGUGAGGAAGGAUGAAGAAAUGUAGCAGCCAGUGAAUAGAUACUUACUGGAAUGAAAAGAAUGCUUUGAAAAGGGCAACACCCCCAUUCCCAAUCAGCGUGUGAGUCUUUGCAUGGACAAAGAGAGAAUUUCAACAACUUAGCUGCAGUGCCUCGUUUUCUAUAGUGUGUUGUAAAUGGAGAGAAACGUGUGCACAAAUGCUGUUGUCCGCAUGGCAAACGAGUGGCCAUCAUUUACCCAAAAGUCAAUGAAUAACAAACCAGAAGUGCCUUCUUUACUUGUCUUGUUGUUGAGUCUUUCUUUUAGUUUUUUUUAUGGGGGGCAGGUAUCCUGAUUAGCAUAUCCAACUCCGAUCAUAUUCCUUUUCAAAACAAAAAGGUUUUUAUAUUGCAUUGUAUAGUGUAUUUAUAUGAUUAUGUUGUGUGUACAAAUUCAUUUUUAGGUUAAAAAAAAAUCUAAAAAGAAGAAAAAAAGAUGGCGAUACAGUAAUGCUAUUGCUCUCUCUGCCUUUUCUCAUGUUUCAAACCUCAGUCAGCAUUUGUUCCAUGUCCAUCCAGCCUCUUGCGCCUUAUGUUCUAUCUCUGGUUCUAUCGUUUUCUAGCCUUUUUUUCUACACCGGCCUGGUUUAUAUUUUCAAGGACUACAGUUGCUGUUGAUCACUCAUCCACUGCCAGCUGGGCUGGGGAGGCUCGCGAGGAUGGAGUGAAUGUGUUCUCCCCUCCAGUUGCCUUGAUCCAAUGGGUCUCUGUGGACGCACUUAGCUAAAGCACCAGUUAGGUGGCGGGGGGGUCACUCAGGCGUGGGCAGCCAUGUUUUCUUCCUAACUGAAAGUGUGGGAAUAAACCAAAACAUAUCAGUCAUCGUUGGUUGUUAAACGUGAUUUAACUGUUCACUUUGCUGCCACACUUUCCAGUUAGAGUAAACAGCAACGCUCGCAUUGGCAAGCUAACCUUGACGAUGGGAAUUCAUUUGCGCUCACAGCAGUGCUCGUUAGCAUGCCCAGUUGUACCGCUAACUGAAUCUGGACCGGGGUUUUGCUUUGACUAUAUUCACAAUACAAGGAACAUUGAUUAGCAUCUGCUGGGCCUUUUUCUAGUGUUCUCUCUGGAGCGGUGCUGAAUCUUUGGUUCUAUGCAUACCAUUAUAUUCACUCUAACUACUUAUGAACCUCAAUGGGAAUAUGUAGACAGCAGUGUGUCACGGCCUAUUACACCCAUCUGAGCGUGAGAAGAAGCACACAAACUUGCUAGUUACAUCCUCCCAAUUAUUUUCUUUCUCAUGGUGGUUUUAACGUGUUCAGUGUCUCAAUCAAAGACUCCAAAAAAUGUGUCGAAGGAGAUUGCUGUGAAAUGGUGCAAUGUGUCAUUACCAACAACUGCGAUGGUCGAGGUUUAGCAGAGCUCAAUCAUUAUAUCGGCUCUUUGCAGCUGCUAGAAUUUGCCCGCUUUUACUCCAAAUGGAUGAUGAUGAAUGAUACAAUUAAAAAGGAUGCUGUGGAAUUCGGGUAUUUAGAAUAACAAAAUGAUUUUAUUGUAUUUGGAUGGGUACAAAUUUCUCCAACUAUGACAGUCGCCUUUUUUUUCCCUUUUCUUUACUUUACUUUGUAAUACCUUCUCAGGGCCUCUUUGAAGAUGCUGCUUGGGAUUUUUUUAAUCAUUUUUAAUACUGUUGUACUCCAAUUUUACCAUUCAAAUUUUUGUAUAAUAACCUCUGUUUUCACUAUUGUAGGGUAAAGCUCAUAAAUUAAAUUACUAUUAUCCAACAGAGACCUUUUUUUCCAAGAAAUUAUUGUAUGUAAGGUCAUAUUUCAUAUCGAUACCCAUAUUUUCAAAUAUCAUUGGUUUUUUAUAGGAUUUUUCAAAUCCUGUGUAUAAAUGUAUGAUAUGGCAGCUUGUGUUUUACAGUACCUGUGAAUAAAAUGUCUCUUCUUAACGAUGACACAAA